AAGUACGUAGUCCAACAUGGUGGCGUCCGUGUGGCCGUAGAAGCAACGUGAUUUCUCUCCACGUUUAGCGAAAAAAAUACAAAAAACUGCAGUUUAAACCAGCGCGGUUUCUCCAGGAGACGGCAAACACUUCGGCCUUCCUGGAUUCCUGAAUGAGAGAACACUGCUCCAAUGGCAUCCUUUAAACCCACUAAAGUCUAUACGUAUCCAAAACUAGGAGAGAAGGUUACUGAGGAUACACUGUACUGGAAAAACUACAAGGCUCCUGUGCAGAUUAAAGAGUUUGGUGCUGUAACAAAAAUUGAGUUUUCUCCAGUGGCACCUCACAAUUACGUAGUAACUGCCUCCACCAGAAUCCAGGUGUACAGACCUCAGUCACAGGAACCCGUGCAGAGUUUCACUCGGUUCCGGGAUACCGCUUAUGGAGGGAGCUUUCGUGGUGAUGGAAAGCUGGUGGUGGCAGGAAGUGAAGAGGGUCUCAUCCGACUCUUUGACGUCGGUGGUCGAGUUGCUCUCCGGCAGUUCAGAGGACACUCCAAGGCAGUGCAUGUGACCUCAUUCCUCUCUGAUGGCUAUCGCGUGGUGUCCGGCUCUGAUGACCUGUCCUGUCGCAUGUGGGAUGUAGCCAGCGGUACCCAGCUCAGCUCUUACACAGAACACACAGACUACGUCAGAGCUGGUGCUGCCAGCAGACUCAACCCAGACCUCUACAUCACUGGCUCCUACGACCACACAGUGAAGCUGUUUGAUAUGCGAGUCGGAGGCAGUGUAAUGACCAUGCAGCACGGGCAUCCCGUGGAGAGUGUGCUGCUUUACCCCUCAGAAGCCCUGCUGGUGUCUGCAGGAGGUCGGUAUGUGAAAGUAUGGGACUUGUUGAAAGGAGGCCAGCAGCUUGUAUCUCUCAAGAAUCAUCACAAAACCGUCACGUGUGCCUGUCUGAGCACCACAGACAACAAACUACUGACAGGCUCGCUCGACAGGCAUGUUAAAGUCUAUAAUUCGUCUUACAAAGUUGUUCAUAAUUUCGACUACGCUACUUCCAUCCUGAGUCUGGCUGUUGCGCCUGAUGAUGAGGUGAUGGCUGUUGGGAUGACAAAUGGUGUGUUGAGUGUCAGACAGAAGAAACACACAAACGAUAAACAGGAGGUGCUCACUAAAAGGAGGCGGACCCCAGCAUAUCGGGUCUUCAAAGGCAAAAACUACAUUCCCAAACAGGAUGAUUUUUUGGUCAGUAAGCCAGUCAAACAGCACCUUCAGAAAUAUGACAGACAGCUGAAGAGUUUCCAAGUGUCAAAAGCACUGGAUUCAGCACUGGAGACGUGGCGGCGCUUCCAUAAUCCAGAAGUGACUGUAGCAGUGAUGAUUGAGCUGAACCGCAGAGGAACGCUGAAGAACGCACUUUCUGGACGGGAUGAGCAAAGUUUAACCAUGCUACUCAAUUUCCUCAUCAAGCAUGUAACUGAUCCACGGUUCUCCCGCAUACUGCUGAUGGUAUCAGACAUGAUCAUCGAUCUGUAUCAUGAUGUGGCUCCUCAGUCUUCCAUCGUGGAGCGGCUGUUUCAGCGGCUGUUGGAGUUGCUGGGUCGUGAAGCUGAGCUUCAGCAGGAGCUUCUGCAGGUGCUGGGAAUUCUGGACACACUCUUCGCUUCAUUGGCUCCACGGCAGGAGGUGUCUGGCCCUGCUGCCCCACCCAUAAUGCUGGGGUCACAACAACAGGCUGCCUGAGUUGUUCAUAUACCUUCUUGAGGCUCAAUUUUAAGGUGGUCAUGGCAGCUGAGGAACAAAGCUGGACUUGAUGAAGAUGACAACAAUGAGAAAACUUGAGGUCUUGAAGUUCAAGACUAGUUAUAGACAGGAAUAAUCACUGUUACUGUGUUUGUCCAGUGAUUUAAUUGACACUUGCAUAAUUGCAGUCUGUUUUUAUAUGUGCAUAUAUAAAAAAGAUUUCUUAUG